CUGUUUUGUAUUUAAGCGAUGGCGAGCUUUAUGUGCUAGUUUAGUCGUCACUCAGCUGCUCGCACCGUGCCCUGUAUCUGAGAUAGUACAAUUUAACUACGGCAUCUGAUAGCAUAAAUAACUGACUUAAAGACGAUUAAAAAAAAGAAACGAAAACAACGAAAAAUGCCGGAAGGUUAUACGGGAGCCACGGCCUGGCUGCAAAUCCAAAGCCUGCUAAACAGCGUAAAUCACAUGCUGAUCUUCCUAGUGGCCGCCUUCUUUUUCGUCCUGGCCCGCAGUCUGGAGUUCAAGGACACGGCCAUGCACAUGUUCAUGACAGGCAUUGGUUUCCACGUCCUAAUUGCGCAGGCCAUGAUGUCACACUCCAAAGUCAAUCCGCUCACCCGCUGGCUGUCGCAUCGCAACAAGUCGCGUUUCCACGCAAUCCUCCAAAUUGUGGGUGGCUCCAUGGUCCUGUUGGGCGCCCUGGGCAAGUUCUCCAGCAAGGAAGUGCACUUUAACACCUGGCACGGCCGAGUGGGUGGAGCAGCUGCCUUUGGCUGUGCGGCCAGCAUAGUGGGCGGCUUUGUCAACUAUUUCCAGCCCAAGUUCGCCCUGAAGAUGUUUCCCCCUUCGGAGCUGCGUUUCCGCCACAACCUAUUUGGUUUAAUCACCUUUAGCCUGGGCAUGGGUGCCAUCUAUCUGGGCUACUCCUCGAAAUUCUUCACCAAGUUUGUGGACAAUGACUUCAUUCCCGGCAUGAUGCUGAUCACUGCGUUGGUCUAUGUGCUAACCAUGAUUUCCCCAGUGUCGUCGCUCCUGACUAAGCUUAAAUACAGGUCCAAGAAAAAGGCAGAGCAGGCCCAAUAAGCGAUUCUGGUUGAGGCCACGGAGGCUAACCGGAAAGUGUCAGGUCCUAGUACAAAAAUAAAAAGCUUGGCGCCUAGCCAAAUUGAAACUUCUGGCCGCCGCUCUAAUUGCAUAUGCAGACGCAGAAAGAGUCGACAACCGGCAAUCUGUCAAUAUUAUAAUGAAAUAUUAUGGUCAUUGCGGUUGCAGUGGUUUUAGCCCGUGGUAAAUUGGCCGAGACUGUAGAAAAUUGAUUUAGCUGCUAAUAGAAUUUAAAAUCUGAAUAUUGUCAACAGAUUAGCUGCGGGUAAAAGAGCAGCGACAUUCCAUUUUAAAUUCCAACGUCCUGGCGCACUAGGCGUAUGCGUGUUUUAUCGAUUUCUCAAGUGCAGUGGAGCUCAAAAGGAGUAUGGGAGGUAGAAAAACUGGUGCCUUUGGCCAACUCCAGACGCAACUAAAAAUAUAAUUACAAACGUAAGGAAAACAUAAAAUAAAGAAAACAAAUAAGCAAACUAUGGCAAGCAAAUAAAGUCUAUUUGCUGUUUUGCGUUUGAAAAU